AGCUAAACGGAAGAGCAACGGGAAAGAAGGGCAAAAUACGGUAGAUCCCGGUGAAAACGGAACUGUUGACAAAUAAGGCAUACUUCCGUACUUGUCAGUGUGAUCUUACUGUACGUAUUCGCUCAAAAGGCGAAGUGUACACUAGAUGGCAGUGUGGCACCUUUCAAUGUAAUUUUCGAUCUGUCAAUGAAGACAGAAGAAGACAAUGAACUUGUGUUGCUUAACAUGGGGGCUCGAGUCGUACGCAUGUUUAGAAAUUUCAACCUAGAAAACAGGGUUCAACGAGAAAUCUCCAAGGAAAAGCCGCGAUCAGCACCGAGACAUGCCGUCACACAAGCGGACUUCACCCGCCAUGAAGGAGAUGGUGGUGCUGUCCACCAGAAGAACAAUCCUCUGCUAUCAAACCUUAAGUCUGUUUAUGUGGAGUCCACAGACACACACGCAGGGACGAGAAAGAUGGUAACAAAGGAGGCGAGCACGGAGGAAGAAACAAAGUACAGAGCAACAAAGUUCUUCAUUCCAGGGGACUCUCAUGGCAUUGCAAACCUGACAGAAGUUCCUCAAGGCAAGCUGACCAUCACAGAGGCCCUGAAGGCCGUCGGCAGCCACCACAAUGAGCCUCAAACAUGGACUUCACAGAGAAUUGCCCAAGAAUAUUCUUUGGAUUUGAAAGAAACAAAUUCACUACUGGAGUUUUUCAUCCCCUUCCAGGUUCAUAUCUUACCACCUGAGACUGUCAAACAGCUAAAGUCUUCUUAGGAGAGAAGGCUGUGUCUGUGGUAUUUGCGACCUAAGCUAUUAAUAUAUAUGUCAUAUAUACUGUACAUGUUGUGAACAGAACCAGCAGUGUAUGAAAUGAUGACUUAAAGACUUUUGUGUUCUGGCUUA